AUGUCAGCCUCCCAGCUCCUCCGUCGAGCCACAACGCGACAACCACGCCUCUUCCGCCUCGGCCAAUUCAGACGCAGAUACACCACUCCGCCGCCAGAACCCACCAAACCUCCAUCUGAAGCAACCCCACCAUCUGCCAUCCCCCGAAUCGUCGCCCGGCUGCCCCGACCGCUCCGACCGUACGUCGCGCGCCUCGAGUCGGCCCCGCUGUCCCACGUCGCCGCCUUUCUGAUCCUGCACGAGCUGACCGCCAUCCUGCCCUUGAUCGCCCUGUUUGCCCUGUUUCAUAACACCGACCUGCAUGUCGCCCCAGUGGCAUGGGUCGCGGAGCGGUAUGGGUCGUACGUGGAGGAGGGGUUGGGCAAGUUUGAGCGGUACUUUCGGCGCAAGGGCUGGUUCGGGCUGAACGAAGCUGCUUCCGAGGAUGGCGAGCAAGACUCAAGCACCGAUGCGCUCACCAAGGUUCAGGCCGCGCAGGGUCCCUACCGCAUCGUUGUGGAGGUUGCGCUUGCCUAUGCCAUCACCAAGGCCAUGUUGCCUUUGAGGAUAGCGGGUAGCUUGUGGGCUACUCCGUGGUUUGCUGGGGUUAUUGUGAGGGCCAAGUCCUUGUUCCGGAAGAGGUAG